UGACAUUUUUCUUGGGGUCGGAGACCCACUGACAUUUGCUUCCAACGUUAUGAGAGGCUGUUGUCUGAUUAACACUUAUCAGGAAUCUUUGCCUAGGUCACCGAGCCAUCCAAUUUUAACAGGAUGAUGGCCUCAAGAACAAAGGCUCCACGGUCAUGCAGUUGAAUUUGAAACUCCCAAACCACCUUCUUCUUCUUCUGUAUGUAGUCAGGGACGCUACUGUCUAUGGCUUAUAGUCAUCGUCGCCGGAAAGAAGAUGGCGCUGUCGAGCCGGAGAUCGCGACCGGUCCUCGUCUUGGGAGCCGUCGCUUCUUCAAGAUCAUACUCUCCAACACCCUUGAAUCUGGAAAGCUUGGAAUUCCAAAAAGUUUCUUGAGAAGAUGUGGAAAGGAUCUCUCAAACUCGGUGGUUCUCCGGGUUCCUGGCGGUUCAACCUGGACUAUAGAACUAGAAAAGCGGAACAAUGACACGGUUUUGCUGUGGAAAGGUUGGCGGGAAUUCAUGGAGUAUUAUUCCAUUGGUCAUGGUCACCUCAUAGUUUUCAAAUAUAAAGGGAACUCCACUUUUUGCGUAAUAAUAUUCAAUAAGAGUGCUUCAGAGAUAGAUUAUUCAUUGAGCUGCGGCGAAACAUCAUACCUUGGGAGCAAAUUUUCCUCACCAAAAACAGAAGAUGUUGUAGAAGGAGAAGAUCCGGAGGAUCUCGCACCCCAUCGAAGAAUGAGGACCGAACCACAUUUACCUUAUUCUCAGCUAAGUCCAAUCUACUCACCACGAGGGUCCGAAGAUGGGAUCAGACAGUUUAGAUGCCAAGUGAAUCGUUCUGAGCCGGUUUUUGGUGGUCCUACACGUAUAGGGCCUCUCUCUGGUUUUGAAUUGACCAGCGAAUUUAAAUCAGAGUAUCCUUUUUUCACGGUGAUGAUGCGGCCAUCUUACCUUAAGCAUCAUAUACUGUAUGUUCCCCGUAGAUUUAUCAUGCAGCACAUUCGGAAAAUCAAGGAAAUCGCAACGCUCAUGCAUUCAGGCAGGGCAUGGCCAGUGAAGCUUAGUAGCUGUGGACAUCGUGGGGCACGGUUCGCUUCUGGUUGGUUCGCAUUUAUGAGAGAAGCUUGUUUGCGCUUAGGGAAUGUCUGCAUGUUCGAGCUAAUUGAUGGAGAUGAUAUUGUGUUCAGAGUUUACAUUUUCAAUGGUGCUGGUGGGAACAAACAGUCAAUAUGCACAGCAAGCCUUUCUGAGCCAGUUUUUCGUGGUCCUACACCUUUGAGGACUCUCACUACUCCUGAAUUUGCCAAUGAGUUUGAUUCAGAGCAUCCUUUCUUCAAACUGGUGAUACCUGGACAUCAGGCUAAAAAAAUGAAUGUUCCCGUUGGAUUCACCAGGAAACAUAUUCAAGAAAGCAUGGAUAUGGUGACGCUUAGGUAUUUAGACAGAUCGUGGCCGGUGAAGCUUUUACUGUCUAAGCAGGACCACAAGGCAUUCUUCUCCGGUGGUUGGCCUGCAUUUGCAAGAGAUAACUGUCUGCGUGUAGGAGAUGUCUGCAUGUUUGAGCUCAUUCAUAGGGACGAUUUUGUGUUCAAAGUCUCCAUCUUCCGUAAUGCUGCUUGUAUUGAUACUGACCCCGAAGAACCAGAUCUAUCUCAAGCUCCAGUGGACUCGACUGAUAGGAUCCAACAGUCUACAUGCAGAGUGAGCCAUUCGGAGCUGGUUUUUCAUGGUCCUACACUUCCAAGGCCUCUCACUCCUCCCGAAUUAGCCCGCAAAUUUGAUUCGGAACAUCCCUUUUUCAAAAUGGUGAUCCCGCGAUCUUAUAAGAGUUGCCUGAGUAUUCCAGGUGCAUUCAUCAAGCAACAUAUUCAGGAAAACAAGGUAACGGCGACUCUUAGGUUUUCAGGCAAAUCGUGGCCAGUGAAGCUCUUAAGCUAUACUCAGACCAGAAAAACAAAAAAGCUCUUAAGCUAUACCCAGACCAGAAAAGCAAAACAGCUCUUAAGCUAUACCCAUGACACCCGGGUGUUCUUCUCUACUGGCUGGCCUGCAUUUGCAAGAGAAACUCAUAUGCGUGUGGGAGAUAUCUGUGCGUUUGAGCUCAUUAAUAGGGAUGAUGUUAUGUUCCAAGUUUCCAAUUUCAGUAGUGCCGGUGGGACAGAACAGUCUACGUGCAGAGCGAGUCGUUCUGAGCUGGAUUUUCAUGGUCCUACCCUUCCAAGGUCUCUCAUAUCUCCCAAAUUAGCGAGCAAUAUUGAAACGGAGCAUCCCUUUUUCAAACUGGUGAUCCCGCGAUCUUAUAAGAGUUGCCUGGGUGUUCCGGUUGGAUUUGCCAAGCAACAUCUUCAGAAAAACAGACAAAUAGCAACUCUUUGGUAUUCGGAUGGAUCGUGGCCAGUAAAGCUCAUUAGGAGCCAUGGACGGGCCAGAGGGACUCCGUGUAUGUUCUUCUCUACUGGUUGGCGUGAAUUCGUAAGAGAAACUCAUCUGCGUGCAGGAAAUGUCUGCGUGUUUGAGCUCAUCGAUAGGGAUGAUACUGUGUUCAAAGUCUCCAUUAUGAGCGAUGCUGAUAAUGACCCGAUUCACAUUGAUUGAGAUGAACAUUAGAAGCAUUACCUUAGGCCAUUUCAGCGUCAAUAUGAACUCAGGAGUCCUAAUAAUGCCUCCUUUUAUCAAGCAGCGCAGCGGAGAAUCAAUGAAAAGCAAUCUUUUCUCCUUUUGUUUUCUUCUUUCUUCUUUUUGUGCUGGAGUCAAUUCUCUGACUACCUUGCACGGAAAGUCUCUCUCAAAUUUGGUGAGUCUUGAAGGUGCUGCAGAGCCACCUGACCAGUCUAGAUAAGUGUAAAAAUAUCAUGCUCUGAUGUAAGUUCACGGAGUAUUUCCCUUUGGUUAUGAUCACCUUAUAGUUUUGGAAUA